AACGCAUUAGAAAACCGCGGCGAGCUGGAAAGCAGGGCGCGCGGAAGGCCCGACAGGCAGGCUGCAGCCGGAAAGGCGACUCCGCCGCCCCGCGCGAACGGCGAGAAAUCAUUUCAUCUGCCUCUGCCCUCUGCCCCCAGCUCAGUCGCAGCCACCACCCCUCUGCUUCUUCAUCCUUGCCUUUCGCUGAGGAGCCGCCAGCCAAGAACAUCCACCGAUCCGAGCCCGCCAGCCUCCAUUGCCUCCCGGCGCAGCAGGUGAGGGCUCCGUUCCUCCUCGGCUUUGGGCGAUUCUGGGAUUCCAGUGGGAGGGUGCCAUCGAUUUCUCAGUUUGCGAGCGAGCUUCGUGGGCGUGUUGCGGUUUGAGGAAUAGAUAAGAAAGAAGAGCAGGAAGAGUUCAACAGGUCACUAUGCGCCGGUGGUUUUGCUGCACUCAUUUCGACACACCAUAUCUUGAAAAUGAAAAUGGAUUUACAAGCAGUCCGGAUAGAACAAGUGGAAACGGUCUUACUUCAAACAGUGAUCCUGCUAAACCACCUUCCAUUGAAGUACCUGCAUUGUUAUUUGAUGAACUGAAAGAAAAGACAGAUGAUUUUGGGUCAAAGACUUUGGUUGGUGAGGGGUCAUAUGGAAGAGUAUAUUAUGCUGUUCUGGAAAAUGGAAAGCAUGCAGCUGUGAAGAAGCUUGAUGCUUCAGCGGACCCCGAGCCCGACAAUGAAUUUCUAGCACAGGUCUCCGUUGUUUCAAGAUUAAAACAUGAAAAUUUUGUGGACAUGCUUGGUUAUUGUAUUGAAGGAGAUCAACGUCUGUUGGCUUAUGAAUUCGCUACAAUGGGCUCCCUACAUGAUAUUUUGCAUGGAAGAAAAGGUGUUGCAGGUGCGCAGCCUGGUCCUGCUCUCGACUGGAUGCAAAGAGUCAGAAUUGCUGUUGAUGCUGCAAAAGGUCUUGAGUACCUUCAUGAGAAGGUCCAACCGUCCAUAGUCCAUCGAGACAUACGGUCUAGCAAUGUUCUUUUAUUUGAGGACUACAAGGCUAAAAUUGCAGACUUCAAUCUUUCAAGCCAAUCUCCAGAUAUGGCUGCUCGCCUACAUUCUACCCGUGUCCUUGGAACUUUUGGAUAUCAUGCUCCAGAGUAUGCUAUGACUGGCCAGCUGACUCAAAAAAGUGACGUUUAUAGUUUUGGAGUUGUCCUUUUAGAGCUUCUAACUGGAAGGAAACCUGUAGAUCAUACAAUGCCAAGAGGCCAGCAGAGUCUUGUUACUUGGGCAACACCAAGGCUCGGUGAGGACAAGGUGAAACAAUGUAUUGAUCCAAGAUUAAAUGGAGAGUACCCUCCAAAGGGAGUUGCUAAGUUGUUUUCUUUGCUGUCGAUGCAGCUUGCGGCAGUGGCAGCUCUCUGCGUUCAAUACGAAUCUGAGUUCAGACCAAGCAUGAGCAUUGUAGUCAAGGCAUUGUCACCCCUUCUUGCAAAUGCACCAUAUCAGGCUGCUGCUGCUACUGAUACACCUUCAGAUGCCUGACAACAUGUUCAAUUAAGCAUUCAUGUAAAGAAGUAGCAUUUGUUUCUCGGUAUGCCAUUUUUAUGAAUUAUUGUCUUUCAUACAUCUGAAUAAUGUGUGCUUACUGUAGAUGAAGGGAAGAAUAGGAGUAAUGCAAUGAUUUUUGAACACAUGUACUUCAUAAUGCUUGAAAACUGCUGCGGUUAAUUUAUGCAUUUGUAUGUUUCAUC